UUUUAAGAGCAUUAAUGCUGUUUAGUGUGUGCAAGAGAGUCGAUAUUUGGUGUGAUGGCUGAAGAUGACGAAUCGUAGAUGGGCACCAAACAGUCGUCCGUCCAGGAAUGCACCGUCAGCGUUCCCAGAACAGUCCAUUCCAUGAGGUGGCAAAGAUUCUAGCUCUUGUUGUUGUCGCGUCGUCCUUCCUGUUGGGCUUCGCAAGACGCCGAAGUCUCGUACCCGUCGCGCAAGCACUUGGGUUGGUGUAAAUUUUACGGUCAGUGCGAAUGUCUGCUUGUGGGUUUCACAAUUUUCCGACUCACCCGAUCGUUGCACAGCGGGAUAGGGGAAAGCAUGGUUGCCGGAAUAUCAAUCUUAAAGAUUUUUUGAAGCAAUCGUCUCUUACUGUUGGUAAGUUGCGCCUCGGAGCUGCUCAUGGCUGGUUGAAGAUCGUGGAGAAGGCGAGGGAUACGGAGAAGAGUGAGAGUCUAAAUCGGAAUGUGAUCCUGAUGGCGUCCAGCGAGGGCUCCAGGAAAGGCAGAGCAAUGGAGAGUGAGAAUCAUCGAUAUGUGCCCAUUGAUACGUCUCAUCAGGGUCAAUAUGUCGAUGGCAAAGAUCCUUGCAGCAAUGGGAGCCAUGGUGAUUGUGGUGGUGUGUUCAGAUCUCACGGGUGCGCAACUCGUUCAAAUGAAGCUCUAUUGUUGGAGGAUAUCUUUCAUCUUGAACGCAUUGACCAAGUUUCAGUGACAUUCUCAGAUACUCAUCUUGUGUGGCAUUCUGUCGAGGAUGAUAUUCAGAAUCUGGAUGCUCGUUCGCUCCUUUGCUGUGGAACCACACACAAGGAUGUGGAUGGGCACGUGCCGGUAGCAGAAAUUUUUGCCGUGAAAUCAUCGGGUUUUGGUCCUGUCACUCAGGCCAAACCGCCUCUAUGUGGAGAUUCUCUCCCAACCAAGCAGUUUCAUAGAGUUGAGGUGCACACAUUCCUGCGUUCCGACAGCAAGUGGAUUCCAAAGGUUUAUGUGUUCGGCCAUACAAGUCCAGCUGUUGUUCAACAGUGGACUCAGAGAAUCCAAUCGCGACUACAUGAAGAUUCUCAUAGGCCAAAAACUUUGCUGGUAUUUGUCAAUCCGUAUGGAGGAAAGAGAUCUGGUAUUCAAACCUGGGAACAAGUAGCACCAUUUUUUGAGCUGGCAAAGAUCAAAGUGACGGUGGUUGAGACUGAACGGGCAGGUCAUGCGCGUGAAUUAAUGGAGCGUGCUACGAAAGAUGAACUUGAUGCUCUGGAUGGUGUGAUUGUUGUGGGUGGAGAUGGUACCUUCAACGAAGUGGUUAAUGGCCUAGUUAUGCAUCGCCACAAAGCACAGGCUGCUAUCAUGCCCGGUAGAUUGAGUAGUUUUAGCAAAACGCGAACUCAACAAAUAGAUACUAAGGUUAAUGCGAUCUCGGAUGAGCAAGGGGGAUUGAAGCAGCUAUUAAUUGGGAAUGUAAGCACGUCGCAAGAGAAUUCUUCGGAUGAACAUCCUCUUCUCCAAAAUAGAGCUCUUUCUUUACUUAUAGAAGCUUCAAUUGGCCAAGAAGGCAAGGUUGGCACGGGCACUGGAGGAAAGAUUUGCUCGAGUGGGGUUGAGUCUGAGAGGAUUGAUACAGCUGUGAAUGACUCAAUUGUUCAAGUGAAAGAUGAAUUGCGAGGGCAAGCUGGUGGUGGUUUCUCAGGUGUAUGCGAUGCUUCUGAGUCUAUUGGCACACCUGUGGACAAUACAGAGUUGGAGAAUCCCAGUACCACUCUAUUAAAUUCAAACCCCAAUCUGCGGAUUGGAUUAAUACCUGCUGGGUCAACAGAUACAGUUGUGAUCAGUACAACUGGGGCACGUGACUCUAUAACAUCAGCACUGCACGUAAUUUUAGGAGAUAGGAUGCCUCUGGACUUGGUAAGAAUAACGGGUUGGAAAAAUCAUUCGGAGGGCUCACUCAACGGGAAGCCAGAAGUCCGUUAUGCAGCAUCGUUUACUGGGUAUGGUUUUUAUGGAGAUGUAAUGAGGGAGAGCGAAGAACUGCGGUGGAUGGGUCCUGCUCGAUAUGAUUUAGCAGGCUUUAAGGUCUUCAUGAAUCACAAGAGUUAUGAGGCCGAAGUGUCGUUCUUAGAUGUCUCACAGAACCAGCCAGAUCCUAAAACAUCGAUGCCACAAGGCCCUUGGAUUAGAAACACAUCCUCUCAGUCCAGGAAUGAUGCGCGCAGAAAGGUUGUAUGCCUCGCUAAUUGUGCAAUUUGCGCAUCAGGGUUCGAUUUUUCGCAUGUAGUCAAUAGUGAGAGUGAUUCAGAGGGAGUUCCGCAUGCCGAGGGAAUGCAGGCACCGACAUGGAAAACAGUCCGUUCAAAAUUUCAGAGCGUAGGUGCUGCAGUCAUGUCUUGUCGGAAUGAUAAAGCACCCGAAGGAGUGGCAGCCCAUGCUCACUUGGCGGAUGGUUUGCUUCACCUUAUCCUCAUUCGAGAGUGUUCGCGUCUUGGUUACCUCAGGCAGCUGCUGCGCUUGACCAGACGUGGAGCAGAUCCUUUCAAAUUCCCAUUUGUCGAGUAUCACAAGACGCCGCUGUUCACGUUUUCAUCUCGUGGGGACGAGGAAAGCGUGUGGAGUGUAGAUGGUGAGCUACUCCAAGCUGUACAGCUUGAAGGACAAGUAUUUCGCGGGCUCGUGAAUCUGUUUGCAAGGGGUCCCGAGAGUGCUUAAGCAUAACUGUAUGUUCAGUAAUGGUUUUCGCAAACAGAAGUUUGUCUACUUCAUUCUAGGGAUCAGAUUUAAAGCAGCAGUAGUGUUUAUAUUGUAGAAUGAUGUGAUAUCACAUUUUACUAGCGACAUAAAUGGCAUUAAUGCGUCCAUAGGACAGCGGCGACAAACUAUUGUUACAAAAUUUCUAGUGAGGUCAGAAAACGUUCGCAGAGUGAAGAAGUGGAUGGGGAAUAAUAAAACUCCAACCACUUGGUGCGGUUUUAAAUGCAGCGUAAUUGAUGGGCAACGUAUGAAGUCAAUGAGCAGUAAAUAUAUUACCUUACAGGUGAAAAUUAUCAGUUUGUC